GAGAGUUCACUUUCGGUUCCCUGGUAAGAAUGGUCGAAGAACAAUUGUAAGUGCCCGAAUCAUGUUCAUUGGAGAUACCGGUAUGGCAAGGAAUGGGACAGGCUAAAUAAGAAUUUGUGAAUUACGGUGUCCUCUGUAAUAGACGUAAGCAACUGUGACCAAACCACACAUACCUUGGCUCUUCCCCCUCUCACAUCAGCUCAGCUCCCUUCCCCUCCCCCAGCUCAGCCUCCCCCACCUUCCCAUCAUGGCUACCUCCAUGGAUCAGUCCACUGUUCUUGAAGAUGAGCUCACCUGUCCCGUGUGCUUGGACCUGUUCCGGGACCCCCACCUGCUGCCUUGCGGCCACAACUUCUGCCUCCUCUGCGUCCGCCGCCUCAAACGCCAGGCAGAGCGAGGUCGCUUCCGUUGCCCAGAGUGUCGCGAGAGCCACCGCUGCUCCGCAGCCUCGCAGAAGAACUUCAAGCUGGCCAACAUCGCCGACGACUACCGCCUCCGGGGACAGGCAGCGUUGUCAAGACCACAACAACCAGAUGCUGGCCCCCCGGCAACAGCCAAGACCCCUGUGUCCGUGCCCUGUGACUACUGCCGCCCAGGGGACAUUAGCGAGGCGGGGAAAGGGGAACCUGGAGCUCCCGGGGCUGGAGGAGAGGUGGUGUUUGCGGUGAAGACGUGUCUGAAAUGCGAGGUGUCCAUGUGUCAGGAGCAUGUGAAGCCCCACCUGGAGCUACCUGCAUUUAGGGAGCACCCCCUGACCGAGCCCCUGGGAGACCUGAGGAAGAGGAAGUGUCCCGAACAUGAUGAGAUGUACCGCUACUACUGCAUGGACGACAGGAUGUGUGUCUGUAAUGCCUGUACCAUAGAGGGGGGCCACGCCGGACACACCAUCAAGACCCUGAAGAACACCAUGAAGGGUCUGAAGGGCAUUCUGGAGACCCAGCUACAGAAGGUGGACAGGAAGUUGAGCAAAGCAGAAAAAACUCUCCAGGAGCAGAAAGUGGAGGAACAAAUUAACAAGAAGUUCCUGGAGGACUCGGACCAGCGGAUCAUGAUGGUGGGGGAGGAGUUACAGGUCCACCUGGAGGGCUUCCUCACAGCCUUAAGGGACUGUACCUGCUCCCAAGAGAGCGAGUGUGGCCCCAACAUCCAGCGGAACAUAGCCAAGGUGACCCAGGACCACGCUCGUCUGCAGGAUGUCCACAGCAGAAUCCAGAACCUCGCCCAGGAGAACGACCCCUUCCGCUUCCUAGAGGCAUACAAAUCAUCAAGCAAAAAUUUCUGCAGGCAGUUGAAGAAGCCCCUCUUCUACCCAGAGUAUGUUGGUGUGGACACUGAAGGCCUGGCCGAGGCCCUGGAGGUUAAGCAGGAUGACUUCCUCACUUAUGUACGCUCCUGCAUCUCUCAAUUCAUCGACGAUAUCUGUCCUUCAGUCAGGGAAGAGCCGGACACCGGAGGAGAGGAGGAUGAAGAUGACGACGAGGAGGAUGGCAGUGAUGGAGAUGAACAAGAGGAGGAAAUGAGCGAGGAAGAGGAGGGUAUACACGACCUCGAGUCAGCAGACGAACUCUACGGUGAGGAAGAUGAAGAGGAGAUUUAUUCGAACUGAUGAAAUGACUAUGUGGUGAAUUGUCAAAUCCAUUCUUCCAUUUAAGUCAAACUGUCUCUCAUAGCCUCCCACUGACAUCAAUAUUUGACUAUGUAAAAAUGUUACUUUGAAUUUAGGAUUUUCCCAACCAUUUUGGGAAACCUUUAAAAUAUUAUACAUUCUACAUCAAUGUUUCGAAGAGGAGAUGUUUAUGGGUGCAUGGAACCAUAUUUCAUAUAUAGUGCACUACUUUUGACCAGGCUUUGGUCAAAUGUUGUACACUAUUUAGGCCAGGGCUAUUCAACUAUAUUCUUACAGAUGUAAAAAAGGUUAAUUGCAGGGGGGGCAGACAUUUUCUACAUGCGUUUAGUUUAAGGAAGAACUGUUUAAAAAAUAAAACCACACACCAGUAAAGUACUUAAAAGUAAUUAGGUCAUUUUAAAUUCUGAAAACAAAGUAUCUAAAAAAAUAACACAUAUGUCAAGUCCGGUAAUGCCAAAUUCCAGUAUGCUUUGAAUUUAUUUCCCUCAGUCAUUUGGUGCGUUUUUUUUGUCACACUUCCUCUAGCAAGUCCUCGUGGGCAUCAGAGAGGGAAACAGAAGUGUGCUUAGCUUUCAGAAAUGGGGUCAAAAAGUAUUUGUUCCCUUAAACCGUUCAAAUGCUAGAGCCAAACUCAUAUAAAGAAAGAAGAAUCCAAAUGUCACAUAGGUGCUAGAAACGAUAGUGCUUGUCAUUUUGGCACUGAAUGUCGGAUUUUCACAAUUGAUCAAAGGGCCAGUCUAAAUAAAUAAACGGGCCGGAUCUGGCCCGCAGGCCACCAGUUGAAUAGCCCUGAUUUAGGCAGUAGGGUGCCAUUUGGGAUGAAGACUAUAUUUUUGUAGUUCAAGACUAUACUGUUAUAGCUAAACACUGGGUUUCUAAUUCUAACCUCAAACUGUUUUAUUUUUUGACCAAAGCACUUGUUCCUAACCUGACUGGUGUGCCAGAUGGGUGGGGUUUGCAGUUUUAGAUAUACUCCAUUGCUUUCAUUAAACUAGGCAAACUCAAUCAAGUACAGUAUUUGAAAUUAUUUAAAAUGGUUUUUAGACCCAGGUCUGGGGCCAUAGUCAUAAAACACCUCAGUGUAGGAGUUUUGCCUUUUUAGAUCAUAAUGAAUAAGUUAAUAUUGACAGGGGGAACCUGUUCCUAGAUCUGAAAUCCUACUCUGAGACGCUUUAUGAAUACAGGACCUGGUCUAGUAUAUAGUGCAUUCGGGUAAGGAUUCAGAUACCCCUCAACUUUUUCCAUAUUUUGUUACAUUUUAGAAUAAGGCUGUAAUGUAUUAAAUUUGUUUUUUUCCCCCAAAAUCAAUUUACACAAAAUACCCCAUAAUUAUAAAGCAAAAACAAGUUUAGACAUUUUAGCAAA